AUGACCACCAUCAUCGAGCAAGCCCGGAUACAGAGCGACCCUGUCCUAGAGGCAGUCUACGCCCAAAAAACAGCCAUGAUGGCUGUUCAAACGCCCGAAAAGAUGGGGUCCUCAACACAAGCGGCCAUCCGCAAGAAGAUUAAAAACAAAAACCAAGUGAACGCGGACUGCAAUUGUUAUGAGAGCGGGACCGUGGACUACCGGUCAUUUAUCAGGAAGCCCGAGUUCAUCAUCAACCUGGGCAGUUUCACUCUUCGCAACCCACUACACAUGACCCGCGAACAAUCCAAAUCGAACCUAAAACACAAAGUUGCGCGCGCGAAGAAGAACGCCAAACGAGCCCGCAAAGACGCCCGCGAAGCCAACAAAGCCGCGCAAAAAGCCCGCGCUAAAUCCGACAAGGUCUACUACAACGCCGUGGCUGCUAGAGACGAGAUCUUGCAGGCCCAGCGGAUGGCUACAGAUGCGUGGGGCGAGGUUGAUAAGGCGGAGACAGCGCAUGCGACAGCCAUGAAGUGGGCUGCGUUUGUGGAGAGGGAGGUGGAGGGGUUUGAGGAGAUGGCGAGGGGGGUUAGGGAAGCGACGAGGGGUGCGGUAGAGAGGGCGGAGUAUUGUGAUCAUCAAUUUCGUUGA